CCCUCCCUAAAAAUUCUCUCCCCUUCCCCCUCCCCCGUCCGCCGCCACGCAGAGGGGGGACGCCGCCGCCGCCGCCGCCGACCACCUCCAGGAGGCAAGGCAUCGUAUCCCGGUGCUGAUUCACCUGCUCCCGCUCGCCUCCGCCGCCGUCUCACGAGGAGUAGUCAUCUGAGCUAGUGAAGAUGGUGCAGUACAAUUUCAAACGAAUCACUGUUGUCCCUCCUGGGAAGGACUUCAUUGACAUCAUCUUGUCCCGCACCCAGAGGCAAACACCAACUGUUGUCCAUAAGGGAUAUUCUAUCUCCCGCAUUCGCCAGUUUUAUAUGCGAAAGGUUAAGUAUACACAGUCAAACUUCUACGAGAAGCUGUCCACUGUUAUCGAUGACUUCCCAAGGCUGGAUGACAUCCAUCCUUUCUAUGGUGAUCUCCUACAUGUUCUGUACAACAAAGAUCACUACAAACUUGCCUUGGGCCAAAUCAACACUGCCAGAAAUAUCAUUGCAAAGAUAGCUAAGGACUAUUUGAGGCUGCUCAAGUAUGGAGACUCACUGUACCGGUGCAAGUGCCUGAAGGUGGCUGCCCUAGGUCGCAUGUGUACUGUCAUUAAGCGGAUCAGUCCUAGUUUGGCAUACCUGGAGCAGAUCAGGCAGCACAUGGCGAGGCUUCCAUCUAUAGACCCAAACACCAGGACUUUAUUGAUUUGUGGCUAUCCAAAUGUUGGGAAGAGCUCUUUCAUGAACAAGAUCACAAGAGCAGAUGUGGAUGUCCAGCCUUAUGCUUUCACAACUAAGUCUCUGUUUGUUGGUCAUGCUGAUUACAAGUAUUUGCGCUACCAAGUGAUUGACACUCCAGGGAUCCUUGAUCGGCCUUUUGAGGACAGGAACAUCAUAGAAAUGUGCAGCAUCACUGCUCUUGCCCACUUGAGGGCUGCUGUGCUAUUCUUCCUGGACAUCUCUGGUUCUUGUGGGUACAGUAUUGCUCAGCAAGCUGCACUUUUCCACAGUAUUAAGUCCUUGUUCAUGAACAAGCCUCUAGUCAUUGUGUGCAACAAGACGGACUUGCAGCCUCUUGAAAAUCUGUCUGAGGAGGACAUGAAGCUGGUAAUGGAGAUGAAAGCGGAGGCUAUGAAGACUCUAGGUCAUGGUGGAGAAGCUAAUGAAGAGGGUGUUUUGUUGACUAUGAGUACUUUGACUGAAGAGGGUGUGAUGGCUGUGAAAAAUGCUGCAUGUGAGAGGCUUCUUGAUCAAAGGGUGGAGAUCAAGAUGAAAUCAAAGAAGAUCAAUGACUGCCUAAAUAGGUUUCAUGUUGCUAUGCCAAAGCCUCGUGAUAACAAGGAGAGGCCUGCUUGCAUCCCUCAGGCUGUUCUGGAUGCUCGAGCAAGUGCUGCUGCUGCAAAGGAAAAGAAGAAGCUGGAAAGGAAACUGGAGAAGGACCUCGAGAAUGAGAAUGGAGGUGCUGGGGUCUAUUCUGCUAGUCUCAAGAAGCAUUACUUAUUGGCUGAUGAUGAAUGGAAGGAAGAUAUUCUGCCUGAGAUAUUGGAUGGGCAUAAUGUUGCCGAUUUUCUGGAUCCAGAUAUACUGCAGAGGUGUGAAGAGUUGGAGAGAGAGGAGGGUCUUCGCCUCGAAGAGGAAGCUGCACAGGAAGCUUUCCAGAUUGAUGGCCAUGAACUAACUGAAGAGCAGCGUGAAAUCUUGGGUCAGAUUAGAAAGAAGAAGGCAUUGCUCAUCCAAGAGCAUAGAAUGAAGAAGAGGACUGCAGAAAGCCGUCCUAUUGUUCCUAGAAAGUUUGACAAAGACAGGACAUUCACAACUAAUAGAAUGGGUCGUCAACUUUCAUCCAUGGGUUUUGAUCCUAGGGCAGCUCUGGACCGAGCCCGCAGCCGUUCUAGAGGUCGCAAGCGUGAGAGGUCACUUAGCAGAGCUGCUAGUGAUGGUGAUGAUAUGGAUAUAGAUGGCCAGCAAUCCAGCAAGAAAUUGCGCGCGUUGUCGAGGUCCAGGUCUAGGUCAAAAUCAAGACCACCUGAGGAGGUUGUUCCAGGAGAAGGAUUCAAGGACUCUGCUCAGAAGAAGAAGGCGAUUAAGAAAGCUAAGGAUUCUGUGAGGAACAGGAACAAGGAGGCUCGUCGCGGUGAGGCGGAUCGUGUCAUUCCAACUUUGAAACCAAAGCAUCUAUUCUCUGGAAAACGUUCUAUUGGCAAGACGAGCAGGCGAUAAGUAAUUCAGCACUGCUGCUUAGCAUCACUGGUUUCAGGAAGAGCAGUAUAAUUGCAGUUCGGUGUUGGGAUUAGGGUGAAGGAAGGCCUGUUUAUCCAAUCUUUAGGACUUGUUCUACGCCGUUAUUCAUACUGUCUGGUGGAUUGGUGUUGUAUCGCGUCUCAUCCUUCGACUGAGACAUAAUUUUGUUAGCUUAUGUUUCAGCUUUAUGCUACAUUAUAUAUGGUUUGGCUAGUAUUAAUAGAGUGGUUUAAUUUCGUCGAAUGGUACUCACUACCAUCAAUAUCUUAUAAUUGUGACUUUGUUAUACUUAUAUUCCAGUCCUGUUCUACUGUACCGAUGCUCUACUGUUUGAGAUGCAAUGUUAAACUUGUUGAGCUGGAACA